AUGAAGUUUAUUGUCCUACCAUUGGCCAUACUUGCAAUGAUUUCAAAUGUCUGGGGUCUUGCAGAAGAAGUCACCUAUAAUUCAAAUAAGUACUAUUCCUUCAAUGGCAACUUGAUUAUUGAAAAUUAUCUCCCUUUAACUGUUGCCCCAAACCAACAGGCCAAUGGGAUCAUCCAGAACGGUUAUGUUUUCACAUUGCAUUGCAAGAAUGACACCAACAACAUUUUGCGAAUUUGGAAUGGGAUGGAAGGCCUUGUCACAUUCCAACCAAAUGAACAGAAAAGCAUUUCUUGGCAUAGGGCAAACCCCUUGAUGGUAUUAGCUAGAGAUGAUUCAGCACACCUUGAUGGGCAAGUAUACCUUCAAGUUCUUCAUAGCAAGAAUCCACGCUAAGUUGAAAAAACAUCCUGGACCUAACUGUAUCCAAGCCUAGAAUUUUG